UGUCAUUCAUAAUGUUAAAAAUGGACAUAAAUUUAACAUUGAAUUCGUUGUCCUAUACUUCGUGUACGUGUAUUUGCAUUAUGAAAUAUUUUAAUUGUUUGUUUCACAUUAAAGAUAUAAAAAACUUUCUAGAUGAAAUUAAAAAUGAUUGGAACUCAUUAAGGAAUAUAGAAGAGCUCCGAAUAAUUCACGAAUACUCUAAAACCAUAAAAAAAAUAACAAUAUGUUUCGUUAUUAUUAUCGUGCCACUACAAUUGGUAUUCUUUUUGAAUGUAUUUGGUAAUAAUAUCCUAGAUAUUUUGAUUCCUUUAAAUCACACUCGCCCACGGACAGUUCCAAUUGAAAUUUACUAUUUCAUCGAUCAGCAAAAAUUUUUCUUUUUUUUUGGCAUGCAUUUAAAUAUUAUUACCAGUUUCGGAGGAUUAGUAUAUAUCGCCAUUGAAACAAUAUAUAUGGGUAUGAUACAACAUCUUUGUGGAUUGUUAAAAAUUACUAGCUUUCGUAUAAGUCAUACAUUUGUUGCAAACAUACCAAAAAUAUCUUCUACAGAAAGAAGUAUAAUAAUCCGCAAAAAAGUCAUGUCAAUUGUAUAUUUACAUGUAAAAAUCAAAAAUUAUAUCAAUUGGAUUCAAGAAAAGAUAAUCAUAACCUAUGAUUUAUUAAUAUUAUUAGGUUUAAUUGCAUUUAGUAUUUUCAUUUUCGAACUUGCCAAAUCAAUAACAUCCAGAACUAAUACGAACGAAAUAUUUUCAUCUUUAAUUUUUGUAAUUUGCAUUACUAUUUACGGAUUUAUUCCAAAUCAUUUUGCACAAGAGAUAAUCAAUCAUAGUUCUAAUAUUUUUAUAGAUACAUAUAACACAGAAUGGUACAAGCUCCCAAUAAUAGAACAAAAAUUAUUAUUGUUCAUUAUGCAGAAUAAUUUGAAAAAUCUUAAUUUCGUGUUAUUGGGUACCAUGAUUGCAUCUUAUAAUGUAUAUGUAAUGAUACUACGUACGGCAUUCUCGUAUUUCAUGGUUAUAUAUUCUAUGGAUUAAAAAACUGAAUGAAAUGAAUAAUCAUACAAAUGAUUGUAAAUGAAUAU